AUGCCGCACUCAAUCACCGCCCAAGCUGCCCAAGCUGCCCAAGACGUCAAGAAUGAGCCCUUGGACGACUCCCUCCAUACUGACAUGGACCACGUCGACAUGGAACAAGACCUGGACCUCCCUAAUCCCGUCAAGAAUGAGGUCAAGCUCAUUGAUCUGUUCCCCGACCACGACAUGGACGACGACGACGACGACUUUCCCAGCUCUCCACCCAAAACUCAGCAACCGUCUAGCCCACCUGCUACCUUGCCAACUGACGUCACGACGUUGAGCGCGUCCGACCCCGAGGUCAUGCGAAGUUUCUACCAGCGACUGUUCCCCUGGCGGCAACUGUUCCAGUGGCUGAAUCAUAGCCCGACACCUACCAACGAUUUCGGAAACCGGGAAUUCGCCUUUACAUUGCAGAACGACGCCUACUUGCGAUACCAAUCCUUUGCCACCGCCGACCUCCUUCGUAAGGAUGUUCUCCGCCUCAUGCCUUCCCGUUUCGAAAUCGGCCCGGUUUACAACACGAAUCCCCGGGACCGCAAGACACUUCGCAACUCAUCCGCCUUUAAGCCCCUCGCCAAGGAACUGUGCUUCGACAUCGAUCUCACAGACUACGACGACAUUCGAACUUGCUGUAGCAAGGCCAACAUUUGCAGCAAGUGCUGGAAGUUCAUGACCAUGGCCGUCAGGGUGGUUGACGUUGCGCUGCGGCAAGACUUUGGCUUCAAGCACAUCAUGUGGGUCUAUUCCGGAAGACGCGGCGUCCAUGCCUGGGUUUGUGAUAGAAAGGUGCGCAGUCUGGACGACCAAAAGAGGCGAGCGAUUGCGGGAUAUCUCGAAGUCAUCAAGGGCGGUUCACAGAGUGGCAAAAAGGUCAAUGUUCGCAGACCGCUGCAUCCUCAUCUGGCCCGAAGCCUUGAUAUACUCAAGAACCACUUCCAGGAGGAUGUCUUGGAGGUUCAGGACCCCUGGAAAACCGAACAAGGAUGCCAAAAGUUGUUGCAGUUGCUUCCCGACCGAGUCCUGAACGAAUCUCUUCGACGCAAGUGGGACGCCGCUCCCGGCAGAGCAUCGACAUCCAAGUGGGCCGACAUUGACACCGUCGCCAAGACUGGCGCCAGCAAGAACCUCGACGCGCGCGCGCUUUUGGAAGCAAAGCAGGACAUUGUCCUCGAAUACACCUAUCCCCGACUCGACAUCGAGGUCAGCAAGAAGCUGAACCACCUGCUCAAGAGCCCCUUUGUAGUGCAUCCUGGCACGGGGCGCGUGUGUGUGCCGAUCGAUACAAAGGACCUGGAAGAUUUCGACCCCCUGGCUGUCCCCACCGUGCAAGAGCUGCUGGGCGAGAUUGAUUGUUGGAAAAGCGAAGCUAGCCAGGACGAGGGGGGGAAAGGCGUUUCUGACUGGGAAAAGACGAGCCUGAAACCGUACGUCGAUUACUUCAGGUCGUUUGUGAAUGGAAUCAUGAAAGACGAGGGGGCCGUACGCGCCAAGAGAGAAAGAGACCAACAAGAUUCGGUCGAGUUUUAG